AGAUUGUGAUUUCCGGAAAUGAGUGAUGAGCAAUCUACCAGCAAUCCGAAUGACAUAUUGGAUUCAGUAAAAAAUGUGAAAUUAUGUGCAGUUCGGGCUGUUGGAGAGGCAAAUGCUUUACCCAUGCGUACUGAAGGUUAUGAAUUAUAUGCGAGCUUUCCGCUGUAUACCAAUCUUAUGAUGGAACAGCAAAGAAGGAUUACCGUUAUGUUACGUGAACUAUUGCGGAAUGCCGGUUGUCGAAUUCCCAUACCAGCGCGAAUUAAUGAUCUAGAUGAAUUCUUAGAUCGAAUCGUUGAGGCAAACGAUAAUAUCUGCGAACGAGCAGGUAUUUUGCUUGAUUUACUGCAAAAAGCUAGACGUAUGGAGGAAGUAGUUGUACCACAACAAAUUCUCGAUGCAGAAAGUACAGCUGCAUCUGAACAGACAUUGUUCGAGAAGCAGGGACGUUAUACUGCACUUUUGCGACGUUUACCUGGAUAUAAGGACAAACUUUCGUCAUCAGCUGCUGUUCCUUUGCUGACGUCCAAGGAGAAGCCACAGGUCGUUUUUGGGAUUGAGGUUGAUAACAGCUUUGCGGAAUUCAAGCCAAAGCUAAGAGAAAAACAUCACGCUAUGGAAAAUCUCGUAAAGAAUUUGCAAAUCGUUGACAAUGACAAUGACAUUGCUAUUAGCACCAUGUGGCGCAACGACCAAGGAAUAAGUUUACAUCCUUAUUACAAGGAACUUCAUCAUUUUAAGAUUCCUACAAGGCAGUUAACUGUCGGAAUGGUUCAGUCGCUGAAAGCAUUGUCUGAUACUGAAUUGGUAUACGUUGAUACGGUGGAGAAAUUAAGAAAUUUGCGAGAUAUUUUGAACAAGGAACAAGAAUUCAGUGUGGAUCUUGAGCAUAAUGCGCAGCGUUCAUUCCUAGGACUAACUUGUCUCAUGCAAAUUUCAACACGUCAAACAGAUUAUAUCAUCGAUCCUUUCCCGUUAUGGAAUGAUAUGCAUAUCCUAAAUGAACCGUUUACAGAUCCAAACAUAUUAAAGGUUUUUCACGGGGCAGAUUCGGAUAUUGUUUGGUUACAACGGGAUUUUGGCAUUUAUGUUGUUAAUAUGUUUGACACAUAUAAAGCAAUGAGAGUGCUUAAUUAUUCCAAAUUUUCCUACCAGCAUUUGGUUCAAACUUGUUGUAACCAUACUUUGGAUAAGAAGUUCCAGAAAGCUGAUUGGCGUCUAAGACCACUAACCGGUGCUCAUAAAACAUACGCGAGAAGUGAUACUCAUUAUUUGUUACAUUGUUAUGAUCAACUUCGUAUAAAACUCCUCGAUCAGGGAGAUGCUGCUGGCAAUCUGCUUGAAUAUGUUUAUAAUGAAUCUGCUCAAACUUGCCUUACUGUUUAUAAAAAGCCGGUGUUUGAAAGCGACGGAUAUGAAAAAUUGUUAGUGGGUAGGAAACCUUUAAAUUCUCGUCAACAGUUUGCUUUGGCAGCUUUAUGGAAAUGGCGUGAUGAGCGUGCAAGAGCAGAUGAUGAAAGUCCGCAGUAUGUCUUGCCGUGUCAUAUGCUGCUACAAAUUGCUGAGGUACUUCCUCGGGAGAUGCAAGGCAUUCUGGCGUGUUGUAGUCCUGUUCCAGUGCAUGUUAAGCAGGAGUUGCAUGUUUUACAUCAAAUCAUUAAUACAUCACGUGAUCAGCCGCUUUUGAAGCGUCCUAUUUAUGCACCAAAUAUUGGUUCACUAACUUUAGAAGGUGUCACAUCUCAACUGAACAAAAUGAAUGCAGUUAAAGCAAUGUUAAGGUGUCAUUUGGACUUUUCAUCAACCAAAUAUAAUGAAGAAAUUCGUGAUAUUGUUGUACAAGAUGUUGACAGAGCGAUAUGUAAAGAUGGUGCAGCAACAGGUAGUUGUGAUAGUUUGUUUUCCACAGAGCUUUAUACAAUUGGUGAAGAUAAUGAAAAGGAAGAUGAACGUCUAACGAAAGUCAUGGAGAAAUUGGAAGACUGGGCGACACCUUAUGAAUGCUACCGGAUUGCUAUGAUGGAGCAAAGUUCGAAAGCAAAAAUUGAGAGCAAGAAAAAGGAAGAUGCAGCGAGAAGUGAACAAAGUGCCGCAAAGGAGAAGAAAUUAUGGUCACAUCUCGAUUCCGCUGCAAAUAAACCUGGAUUUGUUGAAGAAAAAGUGGCAGCAAAUGAAUUGCAAAUGGAAAGUGAACAGAGGAAAAAUGCCGCGAAUGAGAUGAACAUCUGUGAGGAAAUGACAUUAACAAAAAAAGAAUUAAAGAAAAGGAGAAAACGAGGAGUGGGUCAAAUUAGUAUUGCGACGACGCAGAAGGCGAAUGAAAUACAAAAAAGCGGUGGAGGAGUUGUAGAGAAACGAGGUCGGAAAAAUAAUUGGACAGAUGCAGUGGAAAAUUGCGAUCAACGAGUUGACUACAGUACUUUUAAUCCUGAGAUUUUCAAUAAAAACACUGUGUCGAUAUCCAACACAUACGAUCCAUUCAAACAAUGGAAACGUGGAAAAUCGAAACCUCAUCGUGGCCGCCGAAUGAUGCAGAGCGGGCGCAAACUGUGAUGGAUAGAUAAAGCAAUUUUUUUAACCUGUGAUUACUAAUUGUUAUGGUUCUUUUUAUUAGAAUAUAACUGGAAAUGUUUAAUCGGUGAAAAUUUAUCAACUGUCAUUCAUUCUGAUAAUUUCUGCCUUCAUCAAGAAAUUUAAAAUAAUGUUUCUGCGCUUAUAUUCUAGCAAGAGCGAGAG